UUUUUUUCAUGUUUUUUUAAAACCCAAAACACUUCUUUGUAAAAUUAUAAAAUUAAAAAGGUGAAUCCAAAUGGUACCUUAUGGUUAGUUAGCCAAGCAGCCAGAGAAGAGAGGAGAGGAUAGGGUUUGUUAUUUGUUUUGCAGUCCAACAAGAUGAAGAUAAGGGUGUCCCAAAAAAUAAGGAAAUGGGGUUGGUGAUGGGAGAGCCAGAAGUGUGGCUGGCUUUAUUUAAUUUCCAAUCUUCCUCCCUUCCCUUCUUACGCAUUCCCACAACCUAACCCAAUCUUCUACUCACCCAACAACUACUUGGACCAACAAAUUUGACAAAAUAAUAAUUUAACAUUGUUUAUACAUAUAUUAAAAUAUCAUAAUCAAUUACCAUAAUAAACAUUUAAUAAUAAUUCUUUAUUAUUAAAAAUAAUAUUUGAUUAAAAGGGAUGAAAUGACAUCCAUAUUUAAAAUAUAAAAAAAUUUGCAUUAAAAAUUGCACAUAAUCUCAUUUUCAUAUUUUAUUUUUGAAUUUUUUUUUAAAAAAAAAUGUUUGAUGUGGGAUAGAGAUUAAAAAAUUAAUAAAAAAUAAUUUUGUCCAAAAAUGAUCAUAUUUCAUAUUUAAAAGUUAAGAGGUGGUUAUUUUGAAUUUGCAUUUUCAAUGCCUUUUUAAUCAAAUAAUUAUCAUAUUUUUUUUCUUACCCUUUAUUUUAUAUAAUUAAGAUAAAAUAUUUUUAAAAUAAUAAUUUGGUGAAACCUAAUUAAUAAAAAUUAUAAAAAAAAAAAUCUAUUUUUCCAAAUGUUUAAAAGCAUCUUGAAUGUAACAAAACUAAUUAAAUCUUUGAAAUAGAAAAUUUUCUUUAUUUUUUUACUUUAAAAUUAACCAUAAAUAUAUUAUUACUUUUACUUUUGAAAAACAUAGAUAUAUAUAUAAUAAAAAGAAAAGUAUAUUAUUAUAAUGGGCAUAGUCAACGGUUUCAACGGCCUGCCAUACCAAACACAUUGUUCUAUGUUUAAAAAUCUACUUCCGAUUAAGCCCUUCUCUAUUUUCAGAUUUUCCCCGUGCUUUUUACUUAAGAAAAGGUAGAAUAGGGGUGGCAUUAGAAGUACGAGUAAGAAUAAAACGGUCAAACAAAAAAUCCAAACGACUUGAAAGUUCAAAAGAGGUGAGUUAAAAAGCUUUGAAAACACCGCCUCUUCUCACACCUACGUCACCGGACAGAGAGGGAGAGAUUCGGAGAAGGGAAUGGGUUCCUCGUCUGGAGUAGUAUUGGAGGAAAUACCUUCCGUUGAUUUGAUGACGGAGCUUCUCCGCCGCAUGAAGUGCUCCUCCAAGCCUGACAAGCGUCUCAUUCUCGUCGGUCCACCUGGAUCUGGGAAGGGCACACAGUCACCCAUUAUUAAGGAUGAGUACUGCUUGUGCCACUUGGCCACUGGUGAUAUGCUGAGAGUAGCUGUUGCUGCUAAAACUCCUCUAGGAAUUAAAGCUAAAGAAGCUAUGGAUAAGGGAGAACUUGUAACUGAUGACUUGGUUGUUGGAAUAAUUGAUGAAGCAAUGAAGAAGCCCUCAUGUCAGAAAGGUUUCAUUCUUGAUGGGUUUCCAAGGACUGUUGUCCAAGCAGAAAAGCUAGAUGAAAUGCUUGCAAAGCAGGGAAAUAAAAUUGAUAAGGUGCUUAACUUUGCAAUUGACGAUGCCAUAUUGGAGGAGAGGAUCACUGGACGUUGGAUCCACCCCUCAAGUGGUCGGACAUACCACACAAAGUUUGCACCUCCCAAAGUUUCAGGUGUUGAUGAUGUUACUGGAGAGCCACUGAUUCAACGAAAAGAUGAUACUCCUGAAGUUCUGAAGUCAAGGCUGGAGGCUUUUCACAGGCAAACUGAACCAGUUAUUGAUUAUUAUGCCAAAAAGAAUGUCCUUGCCCAGCUUCAUGCCGAGAAACCCCCAAAAGAGGUCUCUGCUGAGGUUCAGAAAGCUCUCUCUUAGUAAGAAUGGAUCAAUACAUUGUGUGUCAUGCUAGUUUUUCAUAUGUGAUCCGAUGCAUUGUCGGCUGAUCCAUUGGUUUUCUCUUACAUUUCAUCCUUAGACUUUGAGCUGCAACUUGUCCAGCCAUCCCAAUCGUGUGGCUUUGUUGCAAAAAUAAAGGUUCACAGAAUAUGAGAAUUUUUGUCUUAAAUUUUGGAAAUUGCUUUCCCAUCCAUUUCCAGACUUUGAGCUGCAACUUGUUCAACGAGUUCCUAAGUUUCUGACUUUAUUACAAUAUCGAAAUUGUAAUAAAGUUGAUAUUUAUCUCAAGAAUUGGCAAUUUUCUUUUGUUAU